AAUUUCAAUAGAGAACCUAUUACUCGAAGAUGUAAUAAAAAUAAUGGUGAAAUGCCAUUUAAAAAUGAUUGGAACUGGAAGAAGGAAACGAUGAAACAGCUAGAAAAUGUGCCAAAGGACUUAGAUGGAUCAUUGGACAUCAUUGUCAGAAAUUGGCAGGAUACGAUCAACGUCAAUAAAGAAACAGUCGAAAACGUCGUCGACUCGGUAAUAAGUGUAAACAGUACGUACUUAAACACAAAUAAUGACGCCAACGACAAGUUGAUAGAUGCAAAGCAACAGAUUGUAGAAAGACUCCAACUCAACGGUAACUAUUUGGAAAAGACUAAAGAAAUCGUCGACGUAAUUUUUGACAAGAAGCAAAAAACUUUGAAUCAAUCCUAUACAAAAGAACGCCAAAUAUUAACGGUAUCCAAAAAGAAUGAACAACACCUUCGAUUCGGAUAACUUUAUCAUCGAUGAGAACAAUCAAACUGUCAAUUUAUGAUGUAAAGGAAUUUUCUUUUAAUGUUUUUCUUUUAUAUGUAUGAAAAUUUAU